UUGGAUUCGCUCGUCGUCCGUGUCAAACAGAAUUCAACGGCCUAACUCACAGUUGGUCAAGUUUGUACCUCUUGUAUUUUCGUGCCUCGUUUGACAUUCGAUUUUCAGUUGCAAAGACUUUUUUAUUUUACCGAAAAUAACGUCGCAAAUGCCUACCGUCUACCGUUCGUGCACAGUGCGGUCAUUUGUUAUUAGCCGACCACCCGCAAUUCUAUCAACCGGCGUGUAUUGACAUGCUCAUCGGUAGUGACGCGUUUCUUAAUUUGAAUCGGCUUAAUAAAAAUGACCGUUCAUUCUGAUGGAUGGCCAUCAGCAAUUAAUACUUAUCUUAGCUGAGUAAUAGUAGGCCAGAUAAGUCAGUCACUUUACAGUUGGUCGCCGCAAACAGUUUUAACAGCUAUCGUUGCACUAUCUAUGUCCAUUGUUUAAUAACUCGUCUCGAAUUAUUCAUUUUCAUCUUUCGCAAAUGGUAUCAACUACUAAACCCAAGUUUAAUACAAGUUUGUACAACGCCAAUAAAAACAUCUACAAUCAUCGGUCUUCUGUUUAUCUUACUCGAUGUUCUUUACUACCAUCAAGAUCCACAAAAGCACCAGCAUUACGUCACGAUUACAGAACUAUUUACAACGGCGAGUGUUCAGCGUACAACUCAACACCACCGCGUAACUCGCGACUCGCUGCCCGUUCGCUUUUUGACGCUCUUUAACUAUUUUGCUCGCAAUCUUUUUAAUUUUUAAUGUAUAAUAAACACGUUCAAUCAAGUUAUUUUGAACGUUUUGGUCUUUCAAUGCGAGGAGUAUGUUUGGUACACAAUAAUAGUUUAUUUUCUAUGGAAAUUUAAGUCUAAACAUUCAUUAUUUAAUUAUUUUACUUUAGUACAAUUUAAAAAAUAAUCAACAGUGUUUUUAUUUCUAUAAAAUAUCACAAUGCCACCAAAGAAAAGCGUAUUUAGAAGAGUUUUAAACUUUAUUAGGAAGUUGUGUAAAAGAAAUAAUAAAAAAAAUGUAGCUGAUAUCAAGGCAACUAAUGAAAACGCUGCUGCGAGUGGAGACUUGUUAUGUCCGAUGGUGCCAUCGAAAGGUACUACCGAUGAAAGAAUAAAUGAUAUGAUUCAAGACUUUAUCCAUUCCGAAGAAUCUAAUCAGUGUUAUACUGGUAGCGUACCAGUAAAACGCGAGAAUGGACAAACAACUAUAGCCGACAAAAUAAUCGACUUGAGGGGGUCAAUAAAACGUGAAAUAUUAAAUGACCCAGAAUUGGAAAACAUCAUUCGAAAUCAGAUUCAAGAUUUAAUGUCUGAAUUCAUCCAGGGAAUUGUUCAGAAUUAUUUAAGGGAAUCUACCGAUUACUCGGUAAAUAAUAUUAGUGGUCCAGUAAAACGCAAGGAAGAUGAAAUAAAUAUGAACAAAAAACUAACCGAGUUGAAGGACUUACGGAAAAUUAAUGAUUUUAUUCCUCCAGCUCCACCACUUUUCCAAACUCCGCCAACGCUUCCAAAAGCGUAUAAUAAUAUUAGAAACAAAGGUAAAGUAGAUAGACCAACUCUACCAAUGAAUCUUAUCGAUGAAAUAAAACGCGGUGUGAAAUUGAAGCCAGUAAAACCAGUGGUUAAAGUAUUAAAAAAACCAAUUGCAGAUGAAAAAAAUAUUCAAGGAAUGAACCCAUUGAAUAGUACUUAUUUCAUCCCUUCAUCUCCGCCACUUUCCCGAACUUUACCAACGCUUCUAAAAGUGGAUAAUAUUAAAAACAAAGGUAAAGUUGAUAGACUAACUCUACCAAUGAACCUAUUGGAUGAAAUCAAACGGGGCAUUAAAUUGAAGCCGGUGAAGCCAGUGGUUAUAAAAAAACCAAUGAUAGAUGAAAAAGAUAUACAAAGAAUGAACUCAUUAGAUACUGUCAUGUUCUGUCGGUCAAAUAUGAGGCCGAGCAGUUCUAGCUCCGAUUCUUCAUCGGAAUACUUUUCUCUAGAUGAAUGGGUUUAACUAAAUAAAAAUUAAUCGAAAAGAAAAGCCUGGAUAAAUAAUGUCAAGUUAUAUUUAAAAAGUCAACUGCUCUGGAGCAUAGUAGGAGGGUAAUCAAAGGGUGACCAAGAUGAACUGAGGAUACCGGUUUGUUUAAUACGGACAGACAACCGGACACAAACGGAUCAUCCCUUGACUUUGUACUUACUGUGUUUUCAAUACCAGAACCAUUAACCAAAUGCUAACAGCGAUGUUGGAGGUUUUUGAAAGAAACUUUUUAAUUACAAAUUUAAUACUAUUAUCCAUGCUAAUAUUUUCAAUUUUUUUCUAAAAAUGUAAGGUGUUGUUUAAUUAUGACUUAUUUUACUUGUACUCAAAAUUCUAAUA